CUACACUCGGAUCAUCUUGUUUCUUUCGACUCUUUGUUAAACCCUUGUCUCUCUCUCUCUGAAACCCUCAGUUUCUCAUCGAUCUAAAGGAGAACCCUAACAUUUUAUCAAAUCAGGAAACUAGGAAAGCUUAAUGUUUGAACCCCUUCUAUACUGUCGCCGCGCUUCCAUGGCCCUGCGGCGAAGGAAUUGUUGUUUUAGGAGUAUACUUUUUGUGGUACCUUCAGUAUCUCGUGUGUAUGUUUCUAGAACAUAUGUGUAUUCCUGUUCCUUACCUUUUCUAGUGCCUCCAAGUUCUAGUGCCAGACAUUACCACUUUGUACAAGAUCCUAUAGGUAGUCGAGAAACACAGGAUUCGGAGUCUUAUCUAGGUUUACUAAUUUCUAGAGUACGAGUUGGAAACAAUGAGGAUGAGGUUUUCCAGUCCCUUCUGCAAGAUCACAGAUGCGUUAGUAUUUGUUUGUCGAAAAUCCUGGUUGAAAGACUACUUAGGAGAUUUGAGGAUGAUUGGAAGUCUGCUUUGGGAUUUUUCCGAUGGGCAGGGAUGCAAGCUGAUUACAGCCACACUCAAGAAGCCUAUGAUAAGAUGGUGGACAUAUUGGGUAAAGCAAAGCAAUUGGAAACGAUGUAUCUAUUGGUUGAGGAAAUGAAGGAGAAGAAUUAUGUCACGUUGAAUACAAUUGCAAAACUCAUGAGAAGGUUUGCUGGUGCAGGGAAACAUAAAGAUGCAGUUAAGAUGUUUGAUGACUUGGGAAGAUUCGGUUUGGAAAAGGAUACCGAGUCCAUGAACUUAUUGCUUGAUACCCUUUGCAAAGAAAAGAGAGUUGAGCAUGCCCGUGGGAUAUUUUUGGAACUAAAGAAACAUAUCUCCCCGAAUGCUCACACCUUUAACAUUUUUAUUCACGGCUGGUGCAGUGCCAAUAGGGUUGAUGAGGCAAUUUGGACCAUCCAAGAGAUGAAAGGGCAUGGCUGUCUCCCCUGUGUCAUUAGUCAUUCAACAGUUAUCCAGGCUUAUUGUAAGCAAUCCAACUUUAGUAAGGUUUAUGAGUUACUGGAUGAGAUGGACACUCAGGGUUGCUCCCCGAAUGUCGUCACUUACACCACUAUCAUUCAUUAUCUUGAUAAGGCAAAAAGAUUUGAUGAAGCCUUGCAAGUUCGUGAGCGAAUGAAACUGACUGGAUGUAAACCAGAUACGCUUUUUUACAAUACGUUGAUCCACGUGUUGGGAAGAGUAGGUCUGUUACAAGAGGCGACUCGUGUUUUUGAAGUUGAGAUGCCCAUGAACAGCAUUAUUCCAAAUGCUUCUACCUAUAAUACUAUGAUCACUAUGUUCUGCCAUCACUCUCAAGAACAAGCUGCUCUGAAUGUUCUUAACAAUAUGGAGAAGUCAGCGCUCUGUAAGCCUGAUCUUCGUACAUUUAAUCCAUUAUUAAAAAUGUACUUCAGAGAUGGAAAAACAGAUUGUAGUUUGAAUGCGUUAUUGGAUGAUAUGACCAAUAAACACUAUCUAGGUCUUGAUCUUUCUACUUCCACACUCUUAAUUCAUGGAUUCUGCAGAGCAAACAAACUUGAGAGAGCUUAUCAAAUCUUUGAGGACAUGAUAAAACAAGAAAUUACACCUCGGUAUCAAACAUGCCGUUUGCUUCUUGAUGAACUGAAGCAAAAAGACAUGCAUGAUACUUCUGACAGAAUAGAGAGUCUUAUGAGGCAAAUGAAGAAAUCCAAUUAAGAAAUGUGAUGAUUUGCUUGGGAAGACU